AUUACUAUUUUCUGUAUACUACAUCACUUAUCUACCUCUAUUCUUACUUCAUAUAUCCCCAUUUUCCAACUUAUAUAGCAGCUCGUCCAUGGUUGAAACUGUUCUAUCUAAACGAUCUCGAGUCACUGACUGGUCAAAAAUUGAAUACUUCCAUUGAACACGAAUACUGAAACAGUUUUUCUGAAACCACGUGCACCAUUCAAACUGACUGCCUUCAACGUUCGCACACUUAUGCAGAUCGGACAGCAGAUAGGGUUGGGUAUGUCUUUAGAAAGUCUUGAUAUCGACGUUUGUUGUCUAUCCGAGACCCGUAUUCAAGACUCUGGUGAAGUACUACAAAUUCGCUCUCCAUCUGUCGCUUCAAAAGGCUUGUUUUACGUGCGUUUAUCCGGGGACCCUGUGGCAUCUUCGAUUGGUCUUGCUGGCGUUGAUGUCGCACUAAGCGCUAGAGCUGAGGCAGCACUAAUCGAUCGGAUCCCCAUUAACAGUCGGUUAUGUGCUGUUAGAUUAGAAAGUUCCAUCAAAGUGAGAAGAAAUCGGCUUGAGAAACAAUGUCUUUUCGUCAUCUCCGCCUAUGCCCCGGCAGAUUGCAGCCCGGAUGCAAUCAAGGAUGUUUUACCACCAGUUAUCUGUUCUCCAGAAAGUGCGUUCGACAGAUAUUGUAGUACUAGCCGGAGACUUGAAUGCUCAGGUCGGGCGUCUAGGCACAGAAGAGAGUCGUUAAGGUGGCCGAUGGGGACUCGUUGGUCGCAGGUCAGAUAACGGGGACCGUCUCAGUCAGUUAGUCAGCUACAACGUAGGACCAGGCACAUAUGUGCAUCGGUCCAGGUUGCCAUACCGCAUCAGCACAAC